UACCACUGAAAGGUGCAACCGGAUCAGGCCAAAAUUCUGAAAAACCACAUAUUUUCGGCGGAAUUGUUCUCGAUUACUUCUAGUGGGCGGCGAAAGCUGAUUUGAUCACCAGCCAAUCACAUCGUUCGCUGGUCCCUGGUUGUUCCCCUCGUUCCUCCGUUUCAUUUCGUUGGAGCCGGGUAGUGUAACGCGUUGAUCACCAGUAUGCAUGGACUGCUUAAUCUUCGUGCCUGCGAGCUUGCUGGACUGAGGGUAGGUGUCAAUAAGUGUCCUGCUAAUCCCCGACAGGUUGCAUUCGCUGGCUUUGGCUCCUACCUCUCAAAAUUUUCAUCCCAUCCCAGACUUUUGCAUGACAUAUACUGGAAUGAUAAACAUGACCCGAAUGAAACGAAAUUUGAGAAAGUCCUUGUAGCGAACAGGGGAGAAAUAGCUUGUCGUGUGAUCCAGUCUUGUCAGCGACUUGGAAUUCGUACUGUGGCAGUUUACAGUGAAGCGGAUGCCGUGUCGCGCUUCGUGCGAAUGGCAGACGAGGCCAUCUGUGUUGGUCCGGCAGCCAGCGCUCAGUCUUAUCUGAACAUGCCAGCCAUUUUGGAGGCUGUCAAGUCCACAGGCGCGCAAGCCGUCCAUCCUGGCUACGGAUUUUUGUCCGAGAACACGGUAUUCGCUGCUCGGUUGGAAGAACUUGGUGUGGUUUUUCUGGGACCCAAUUCGAAGGCAAUCCAGGCUAUGGGAGAUAAAAUUGAGAGCAAGCGCAUUGCUACAAAAGCAAAAGUCAAUGGGAUUCCAGGUUACGAUGGAGAAGUCGCGGGCCCGGAUGAGGCGGCGAAAAUUGCCGCUGACAUUGGCUAUCCGGUGAUGAUCAAAGCUUCCGCGGGUGGUGGAGGCAAGGGGAUGCGUAUAGCGUGGAAUGAAAAAGAGGCUCGUGAAGGAUUUCGCCUUUCCAAGGCUGAAGCCAAGGCUUCAUUUGGCGAUGACCGGAUGCUAAUCGAGAAGUUCAUAGACAACCCGAGGCAUAUUGAGAUCCAGGUCCUCUGCGACAGGCAUGGUAAUGCCAUUUACUUAAAUGAACGCGAAUGUUCUAUCCAACGUCGUAAUCAAAAGGUGAUCGAGGAAGCUCCAAGCACAUUCCUGGAUCCGGCCACACGCAAGGCCAUGGGUGAGCAGGCCGUCUCACUAGCUAAGGAAGUUGGAUACGACUCGGCCGGUACUGUCGAGUUCCUCGUCGACUCUAAACGAAACUUCUACUUUCUGGAAAUGAACACUCGACUGCAGGUGGAACAUCCGAUCACCGAAUGCACGACAGGAGUGGACAUUGUACAUCAAAUGUUGCGUAUUGGCAAGGGACAUAAACUGCUGCUAAGUCAGUCUGACAUUCCAAUUCACGGCUGGUCGGUCGAAUGUCGUGUGUAUGCGGAAGACCCGUACAAAGCCUUCGGCCUGCCCUCAAUCGGACGGUUGUAUUCCUACAUCGAACCGGUGCAUAUUCCAAACGUACGCUGUGAUAGUGGAAUAAGCGAAGGUUCGGAAAUCUCGAUUUUCUACGAUCCCAUGAUUUGCAAACUGGUCACCUACGGGCCGGACCGUCAAUCCGCAUUGGACACCAUGGCGAAGGCCUUGGACAGUUAUGUGAUCCGAGGGGUCACACACAACAUUCCUCUGUUACGAGAUAUCAUCACGGAGGAGCGAUUCGUUUCUGGCAAAAUCACGACCAAAUAUCUGAUGGAAACCUAUCCGGAUGGUUUCAAAGGAACAUCCCUUACAUCUAAAGAGUUUGAUACUCUCAUGGCUGUGAGCACUGCGGUACACGUGAAAAAUGCCCUCAGGAACCAAACAUGGCCGGAAAAUUACGAGUGGGAUUUUGUCACACGAUUGGAUCCCAGCGUUCCAGCCGAGGCACCCGAGGGACAUGACUACACUCGGUGUCGCGUGACCUAUCAAGAGGGGAAAUUUCAUGUUCGAAUGUCACCUUGGCAGCCACCGAAGAACGUCACCGAGGCAGCAGCUCAAGCCGCCGGAAAAGAUCCAAAACCCGCGGGCCGUUCCGAAAGCCGUGCGGCCAGUGGCUCCGAAGAGGAGGUCACUGUCCAAGUGCAGGAUAAUUUCAAUCUUUCCGAUAAGGUUAUUUUGCACUCUUCGGAUGGCGACCAGGUUAUACUCCAGCUACUCGAUCGAGGUACGGAUACUGUUCGUCUUCAAUACCUUGGCACUGCAUUCCCCAUAGAAAUCUACGAAACCAAAGCUGCCUGGUAUCGAUCAGCUUAUAUGGCACCACCCAAGGUUAUCGAUUAUGGGUCCAUGUGUAUUGCUCCGAUGCCGGGCCUGGUUCGAUCUGUCUCAGUCAAAGUCGGAGACCGUGUGAGCGAUGGCCAGGAACUCUGCGUACUCGAGGCGAUGAAGAUGCAAAACAGCCUGUCUGCUGGAAGGGCUGGUGUAUUGGGCACUACUGAGGUCAACACGGGUUGGCUAAAAGAUCGGGCCUUUUACCCGUCCAGAAACAAGGCGAGCUCUAAUUGGCCGAAAGUAUGGACCCAGCAACCAAUCACGUUGUGUAUCCGCCGUAUGCCGAUUAUCGAUGGCGCUCCUAGGGAGUGUCGGAAUCCCUAG